AUGUCCUCUGCCAAUGACACAACAACACACCCUACAGAAUUUGUGCUAUUGGGGAUCCCAGGUCUGGAAGCUUUCCACAUCUGGAUUGCCUUCCCUUUCUUUGUUGUUUAUCUCAUAGCACUAGUGGGAAAUGCCACUAUCCUCACUGUGAUCAAGACUGAGCAGAGUCUGCAUCAACCCAUGUUCUACUUUCUAGCUCUUCUCUCCUUUAUUGAUCUAGGCCUCUCCACUUCUACCAUCCCCAAGAUGCUGGCCAUAUUCUGGUUCAAACUAAGAGAGAGAAGCUUUGAAGGCUGCCUCAUCCAAAUGUUCUUCAUCCACACCUACACUGGUAUGGAAUCUGUUGUACUCCUGGCCAUGGCAAUUGAAUGCUUUGUUGCCAUAUCUGACCCUCUGAGAUAUAGCACAGUCCUCACCAACAAAGUGGUAGCUGUCAUGGUCUCUGUUGUAGUGGGAAGGCCAGUACUCCUUGUCAUGCCCUUCUGCCCUCUUCUCAAGCGACUGCCCUUCUGUGGCCAUUACAUUAUCCCUCACACCUACUGUGAACACAUGGGAAUCGCCCGCCUUGCCUGUGCUAGUAUAAGGGUCAACAUCAUCUAUGGCUUAUUGACCAUUACUGCCCUGUUCUGUGACUUGAUCCUCAUUGCUCUUUCUUAUGUUCAGAUCCUUCGAGCUGUUUUCCAACUACUUUCCAGGGAUGCCAGACUUAAAGCACUUAGCACAUGUGGUUCUCAUGUCUGUGUCAUCUUGGCCUUCUACAAACCAGCAUUUUUCUCUUUUAUGACUCACCGGUUUGGGAGAACUAUUCCUUGCUACAUUCAUAUCCUCUUGGCCAAUCUGUAUGUGGUUGUUCCUCCUUGUUUAAAUCCAGUUAUUUAUGGUGUCAAGACAAAACAAAUUCGUGAUCAGGUUGUAAGAAUAUUUGUAGUGAGAGAGUAG